UAGUCGACGUGAUGCCGUGUUCCUGUGCGGAGUGGAGGAGGUGGAUCCGCCCGCUGGUCCUGGUCCUCUACGCCCUCCUGCUGGUGGCCGUGCUGCCGCUCUGCGUCUGGGAGCUGCAGAAGGACAAAGUGGGGACUCACAGUAAAGCCUGGUUCAUCGCCGGCAUCUUCGUCUUCCUGACGAUCCCCAUUUCACUGUGGGGGAUCCUGCAGCACAUGGUGCACUACACCCAGCCGGAGCUGCAGAAGCCAAUCAUCAGAAUACUGUGGAUGGUUCCAGUCUACAGUUUGGACAGUUGGCUGGCCCUGCGCUAUCCCGGCCUGGCCAUCUACGUGGACACGUGCAGGGAGUGCUACGAGGCCUACGUCAUCUACAAUUUCUUGAUGUUCCUGCUCAACUUCCUCGGCAACCGGUACCCGAGCCUGGUGCUGAUGCUGGAGGUGCAGCAGCAGCAGCCGCACCUGCCCCCCCUCUGCUGCUGCCCCCCCUGGCCCAUGGGAGAGGUGCUGCUGUUCAGGUGCAAACUGGGAGUCCUCCAAUACACGGUGGUCAGACCCGUAACCACGGUGAUAGCGCUGAUCUGUCAGCUCUGCGGCGUUUAUGACGAAGCCAACUUCAGCUUCAGAAACGCCUGGUCCUACCUGGUCAUCAUCAACAACAUAUCUCAGCUGUUCGCCAUGUACUGUCUGGUGUUGCUGUACCGGGCGCUCAGGGAGGAGCUGACUCCCAUCAGGCCUGUGGGCAAGUUCCUCUGCGUCAAACUGGUCGUCUUCGUCUCCUUCUGGCAGGCUGUUUUCAUCGCGUUCCUGGUGAAGGUGGGCGUGAUCUCCGACAAACACACCUGGGACUGGGAAAGCGUGGAGGCCGUGGCCACCGGACUGCAGGACUUCAUCAUCUGCAUAGAGAUGUUCCUGGCUGCCAUCGCUCACCACUACACCUUCACCUACAAGCCCUAUGUACAGGAAGCGGAGGAGGGCUCGUGUUUCGACAGUUUUCUGGCCAUGUGGGAUUUUUCCGAUAUCAGAGCUGAUGUCACAGAGCAGGUCCGCCAUGCCGGUCGAACGUUCCUCGGUCGUCCCAACAAGAUGUAUUUCGGUGCGGCGGCUCGACCUGAACACACCGAACACACGGGCCUCCUCACGUCGACGUCCCAGGACCCCGUCGCAGCGUCGAUGCCCUCCUCGCCUUCCUCGAGCGGGCGGUACCAAGGCCUCGGCCACACCCCCGCCCCUCACUCCAUCUCCGCCCCCGCGGGGUUCACCUCCUCGUCCUGGGAGGACGAAGGCGACCACACACCUCCACAGGCGGGCGGCGUCCAGUAACAGGCCGACGCCUCACUGCGGUGUGCUCGGGGAUUCUGCCAAAAUGAAAAACGAACUCUAGUUUGCUCCUUGAUGAAAAAUACGCUAAUUUAUGAAGUGUAAACGAAGGAGUCUGCGCCAUGUUUGUUGAGAAACUUUUCAAUAUUUUAAAAUGAUGACGCAGUUUUAAAUGUUUGAAGUGUGUAUUUUGAUGUCAAAGGAUGUCAUUUUGAUAAAUGUAACUGUUGUCUUGGUUUCUAACUCUUACGGUGCUUCAGUGUCUUUGAUCUGUUUGUUCUAAUAAUGAAUUAAUCAACACGUCAUAUCAGAAACUGUCCCUAAGAAUGAUCCCACUACUACUAAGUCUUCAUUAAGAUGUCCUCCAAAAAAAAAUGUACAAAUAACACAUUUCAAUAAAUCCCUCAAAGGUCAAAAGG